ACCAUAUAUAUUACAAGGCUAAUUCGAUUUCGAAAAAUAUAACAUAUUUUCAGUGGACUUACUAAUCAAAUUAUUAAUUUCAGUUGACUUUGUAAUCGAUGGCAUCUACAAAAAACCCUUUGCCAUUUGCUUCUCCUCACACAUUAGUCUCUCCAAACCAAAAAUGGUUUCCCUCUCGCAUUUCUUGGUUAUGCUAAUCUCCACAUGUUUCUUCCUCUUCUUCCUCCACAAAUGGCGCCGCAGUCAUUCUCCAAAGCCCCGGACACGCCUGCCUCCGUCUCCACCAAAGUUUCCGCUAAUCGGAAACCUCCACCAGCUGAGCUCAGUCCCCCACAGAUCCCUCCAGUCACUCUCCCUCCGCUACGGCCCCCUCAUGCUGCUCCACUUCGGCGAGGUCCCCGUCCUCAUCGCCUCCUCGGCCGAGGCUGCGCGUGAAAUCAUGAAAAACCAGGACCUGAUCUUCUCAAACAGGCCACAACUCAGCAUCGCGAGCCGGCUGUUCUACAACAACCGGGACGUGUCGUUUGCGCCAUAUGGAGAGUACUGGCGGCAGAUCCGCAGCAUAUGCGUGCUUCAUCUUCUGAGCAACAAAAGGGUUCAGUCCUAUCGCGGCGUGAGGGAGGAAGAGACUUCCCUCAUGGUCGACAAGAUCAGAAGGUUGUGUGCUUCUUCAAAGACUGUGAACUUGAGCGACGUCAUGACAUCGCUGACAAACGACGUGAUUUGCAGAGUGGCGCUGGGGAAGAAGUAUGGUUUGGGGAGUGAUUUCAAGGAGGCGUUUGCUGAGUUUGGGGUGCUGUUGGGGAUUUUACCUUUGUGGGAGUACAUUCCAUGGCUGAGAUGGAUGAGAAGGUUUGAUGGUUUGGAUAAGAGAGCAGACAGAGCUGCUACGAAGAUGGAUGGGUUUUUGGAGACUGUGAUUCAAGAACAUAGGGUUAGGGAGAGGAGAGAAGGAGAUGGUGGCGAGCUGGAUUUUGUGGACAUAUUGCUUGAUUUUCAGAGAGAGAAUGGAAGUCGCACCCCUGUUGAAGAUGAAACUAUCAAAGCUAUAGUCUUGGAUAUGUUUGCUGCAGGAACUGAUACUACAUAUACAGCUCUUGAGUGGGCGAUGACGGAGCUGAUACGAAAUCCAGAAAUAAUGAAAACUUUGCAAAAUGAAGUGAGAGAAGUCGCUGGAAAUAAGGACGAAAUUGAUGAGCAAGACUUGGAGAAAAUGUCUUAUCUGAAAGCAGUGAUGAAGGAGAGUCUAAGGUUGCAUCCGCCGGUCCCAUUGUUGGUCCCUCGUGAAUUAACUCAAGACACAACAGUAUUGGGCUAUGAUAUCGCAUCACGUACGCGUGUGAUGACUAAUGUUUGGGCGAUUUCUAGGGAUCCUUCAUUGUGGAAAUAUCCUGAGGAAUUUCGCCCAGAGAGAUUCCUUGGAAUGGACAUAGACUUUAGAGGUUUGCAUUUUGAGUUGACUCCCUUUGGGGCAGGCAGGAGGGGUUGCCCCGGUAUUACAUUUGCGGUGGCGGUGGAUGAGCUUGCCUUAGCCAAGUUGGUACACAAGUUCAAUUUUAGAUUGCCUAAUGGAGCGAAAAUGGAGGAGUUAAAUGUGAGUGAAUCUAAUGGAAUCACAAUCCAUAAAAAGUGUCCUUUGCUUGUUGUAGCUACUUCACAUGUAUUUUAGGUAACACGAUGUGUAUAUUUUAAAAAUCAGACUGGAUCAUUCGGUUCACCCGAGAACUAACAUGUUGCCUAGUCCGAUUUGGACAUGGAGAUUGCUUAAUAACCAUCUUGUACCAAAAAAACUGGUAUUGCAAUUCCUUGUAUAUUUAUGUAUAAACUGUAAGGGUUUUGAUAUAUGCAAAAUUCAAUUUUAAUAAA